AUGCAGGGGUCUUGCGGAAUUGUCUCUGAGCUGAUCAGUGCUGGCGCAGAUUGCGAUGCUAGAUGGCGAAACGAUCAUGCUGACCCUGACUGUCCAGAUGCCCCUGGAUGGACACCAUUGCAUGUCGCCUGCUUCCAUGAUCAAGACGAAAUCGUUAGUCUUCUGUUACCAGAGAUACCAUUACCAGUGGUCGAGGUUGAUGCCGAAGCAGAGAAUCGGAGAACUCCCUUGCACGCUACAAGCCUAGUAGGGAGUGAGCGUGUCGUCAAGUUGCUACUUGAAAGAAGAGCAGAUAUAAAUGCUACAGACGAUGAAGGAAGCACUCAAUUGCAUCUCGCUAGUGGUUACGGCUCGGGGUGGAGAAAACGGACACCAGAACGGAAUCUGAUAAAACCUGAUCGCGACUCUUUCGAAGAUUCAGAAUCCGUGAAACGCUGUUGGGACUCCUCGCCUAGACAAUAUGUAUCCGUCAUUGAGCUUCUGAUGCGAUAUGGAGCUGAUCCAACCAUAAUCGCUGAGUACGGCUGCACAGUUCUGCACAAUGCAGCGAUAGCUGUGCACAAAGGAAAUGCUGAAAAACUCCUCGACUUGAUGCGACCAGAUACUCUUUGUUGGAGAGACUGGAAGCAAAGCCCAAUUUAUUCUGCGCUUCUGGUCAAGGAAGCGCCUUUUUGGAAGAACGGUGGAAAGCUUCAAGUCAUCGGAAUGGCGGCUAAAAUGAUUAAGCCCUUUGAUAUUCUGGGUUUACUAUUUUGUGAGAUGCCAAGCGAGUGCGAAAUUGUAGUCACUGGACCUGACAAUUGGGGUCCGAUCCAGCGGGCGGCACACGAAAGACUUCCAAAUGUCUUGUCCAAACUUAUCUAUGACUCUGUUCGUGCUGAAGACAUCGGUAGGAUGGUCCAUGAGGCAUUGCUGACAACGUCCAAGUCAAUAACCCCUCAAGAACUCGAGCACGAGCCAUCUUGCGAACUCUUUGUCCAAGUCAUCUGGAUUCUUAUCACGAACUCUCAACGAACGCCCAAGAACAUGGGAGCAGUCAGAGGUGCCUAG